GGGAGCGCUUCAAUUCCACAAUGGGGAAAGGCCCAAAGAAAAUACAUCCUUGUUUCAUUUCAAAAGCUACAGAGAUGUUCUUGAACAGAUUGUUCACGCCAAUGCUGUUUUACAGCAGUUUUGCAGCAUUACAAUUCAAAAUUUGAGCUGCUUUCAAGCAGUACCUAGCUACUGCUUCACUCUCAAGGACAUCCAAAGAACUAAGGCUCAAGGCAAGCCGAGAUAAGUUAGUUAACUGAAAUAUGGCGGCUUUACAAAACUUCACCCGUUCUCUGGAAGAGACUUUCAAGAAGAUUUUCAUUGACUAUAUGAACAACUGGCGUAGAAAUACCACAAUGGAACAAGAUGCCUUGCAAGAAAAAGUUGAUGCUGAAAAUUUAGAUUAUGUAAUUUUGUAUCUUAUGGUAAUGAUUGGCAUCUUCUCUUUUAUUAUUGUGGCAAUCUUAAUAAGCACAGUGAAAUCAAAGAGACAAGAGCAUUCCAAUGACCCUUAUCAUCAGUACAUUGUGGAUGAUUGGGGCGAAAAGCUAAAAAACCAGAUUCUUUUCCAAGAUGAUCUUAAAUCCAUUGUCCAUGAAAAUUGUGGAGCCAAGGGCAAAGGUAGUCCAUAAUCAC